AUGAUGGGCAUGAACGCCAAGCAGCCGUUCGGCAUGCACCCUGCCCUGCAGGAAGCCAAGUAUUCCAGCCUGCACUCCAGCUCGGAGGCGAUGCGCCGCGUGUGCCUCCCAGCCCCGCAGCUCCAGGGCAAUAUAUUUGGAAGCUUUGAUGAGAGUCUGCUGGCCCGGGCUGAAGCUCUGGCGGCUGUGGACCUGGUCUCCCACGGCAAGAGCCACCCUUUCAAGCCAGACGCCACUUACCAUACCAUGAGCAGCGUCCCGUGCACGUCGACCUCCUCGCCCACCGUGCCCAUCUCGGCCCCCGCUCACCACCACCACCACCACCACCACCACCAUCACGCCGUGGCGCACCAAGGCCUCGACGGCGACCUCCUGGACCACCUCUCGCCCGCGCUGAUGGGGGGCCCCGAGCACGGCGCCGUCAUGGCAGCCCCGCUGCACCCGCACGCCCACCCCCACCUGGGCGCCGCCAUGGGCCACCUGCACCAGGCCAUGGCCAGCAUGGGCCACCCGCCGCCGCCGCCGCCGCCGCCCCCUUCUGCGGCCGUCCAGGUCUCGGCGGCGCACAACGGCCUGGCGUGCCUCAGCGACGUGGAGUCGGACCCGCGGGAGCUGGAGGCCUUCGCCGAGCGUUUCAAGCAGCGGCGGAUCAAGCUUGGCGUCACCCAGGCGGACGUGGGCGCGGCGCUGGCCAACCUCAAGAUCCCCGGCGUGGGCUCGCUGAGCCAGAGCACCAUCUGCAGGUUCGAGUCGCUCACGCUGUCGCACAACAACAUGAUCGCCCUCAAGCCCGUCCUGCAAGCCUGGCUGGAGGAGGCGGAAGCCGCCUACCGGGAGAAGAACGCCAAGCCCGAGCUCUUCAACGGCGCCGAGCGCAAGCGCAAGCGGACCUCGAUCGCGGCGCCGGAGAAGCGCUCGUUGGAGGCCUACUUCGCCAUCCAGCCGCGGCCCUCCUCCGAGAAGAUCGCCGCCAUCGCCGAGAAACUGGACCUCAAAAAGAACGUCGUGCGGGUCUGGUUCUGCAACCAGAGACAGAAACAGAAGCGCAUGAAGUACUCGGCCGUGCACUGA